UUCAUUUGACAACACUGUCAUUAUACGUCAGUAAUUUAUAACCUAAAAUUAUGACGACAGUUUGUUGCUCACUUCUGUCCGUAGCGGGUGUUGUCUCCGAUAAUUUCAAAAUAUUGCUGUUUUGAAGAAUAUUUGUAUUUUUUUAAUGUGUAUGUGAAUAUGGCAUCUCUUUCCUUACCUCGUGUGCUCCAUCCAAGAAAAACUAGUUUGGAAGUUGAAAGGGAAAGCUUCGAAAAGUCACAGUCCCAAGCGUUGCAAAAAGCCAUCAACAAUGUCGAGGCGCCUGUCAAAGAGAAGCACGUCCGUUCGGCCAUCAUCGGAACGUACCAGACGCAAGGCGCCAAGCUCUAUUGGUCGAUCGUGCAGCGCCUCCAUGCGAUGGACGACAGAAUCAUUGCCUGGAAGUUGUGCCACGUGACACACAAAGUCUUGCGCGAAGGGCACCCUCUCUGCUUGGUCCAUAGCCAAAGGCACAUACAGGAUUUGGACGAAAUCGGGAAACUAUGGGGUCAUUUAAAGGAAGGUUAUGGAACUAUGAUAAGAAAAUACACCAUUCUUUUAAUUGCAAAACUAGAUUUUCACAAACGAAAUCCAAGAUUUCCAGGGCAUUUGGGAGUGACACCUGAUGAAUUAGAUUCAAUUGCUGGAAGUGACAUAAAUAAUUACUUUCAAAUGACUGUAGAAAUGUUUGACUACAUCGACAAUAUUUUAGAACUGCAAACUGCCAUAUUUGGCUCUUUAAAUAUGGCCCGCUCAAACUCGAUGACCAACGCCGGCCAGUGCCGAUUAGCUCCGCUCAUUCCCUGUAUUCAGGAUGCAUCGAAAUUAUACGAUUAUUGUGUUAAAAUUAUGUUCAAGCUACAUGGCACUUUACAACCUGAUAUAUUACAGGGCCAUAGGGACAGAUUUUUAAAACAAUUCAAGACAUUAAAACAGUUUUACCAGGCUACAAGCAAUCUGCAGUACUUUAAGGAUCUUAUAGCUAUACCACCACUUCCAGAUAGUCCGCCGAAUUUUCUAAUUAUGUCGGAUUUCGGUACGUAUGUAACCCAAGAAGUUGUCGUUCCGGAACCUGAGCCAGAGGAAGAGGUUGUAGUUGCUCCAGAAGGCAACCUCAUCGAUACCACGGAUUCAGCGGGGUUCGUCGAAAAUCCAAACCAAAUCAGCAUUUCUCUGGCCGCUCACCAGGAAAUGCUGAACGAGAAAGAGUAUCUCAAACAACAAUGUGAAAGAUUAAGAUUGGAGGUGGACAAAGUUUUAACUGAAAGCAAAAGAAAAACUUUAUCACUCGAAAAUAAAAUGGCCAACAUAGAAACUGAAUUGGCCAAGAAGGAAAGCGAAUUGGUACAAGAAAGGCAAGUAAAAGAAGACCUUUUGAAUCAAUCGUUUGCGGUAGCACAAAGCCAAGAUUCCGAACAAAAAGCAAAAGAAGAUAAGUUCAAUCAACUAAGAAAUUGGUAUGUUAAACUGAGAAAUGAGCAUAUCACAAAAUUGAAUGAGAAAUCUGAAGUUGAUAAGAAACUAUCAACUACCAUCAAAAGUUUGGAAGCACUGGAGCAAGGUAAAGAAGAUAUGGAGGCAAGAAUUAAAGAGCUACAGCAAGAACUGCAGAAUCUACAACUAAAAGAAAACCAAAGUUUACAAGUACAAAACGAGGAAUUGGAAACUUUAAGGAAGGAUAAGGAACUUUUUAAUAUGGAAACAGAGAUUUUAAGAAAAAGUGUAGCUGAUGCCAGUAAAGAAAUAGACAAAGUAGAACUGGAGCUUAACUCAGCCUUACAAGAAAAAAGUGAACUGAAAAUAAAAUCGGAAGAAUUGCAAUACAAAUUACUGGACUGCGAGAAACAACUCGAUUCGAUGAAAAAGGAAAUCGACCAGCAAAUGAAGAAGCUGGUGCAAGAAGCCCUGAAAAACAGUCGAGACAUAAUGGCGCACGCCAUAGACGAAAUCGACAAUCCCGCCCUGACGGCCCUGUCGUGCAGUCCCGAUUACCUGCGGAGCUUGACGAACGGCUGCUUGGACGCUUUGCAAAGCACCUUGGAUCUGUCUUACGCGGAUCACUCGGCAGUGGUCGUGGCUGCAAGCAAAAUUUCUCACCGAUUGGCCACUUUUAUCGUGCAGGGCAGGGCCACCUGCAAUACCAGCCCUGACAUCAAUUUCGGCGAAAAAAUGGCAGAAGAAUGUAAAAAACUUGGCGGAAUAGUGCUGGAAGUUAUAAAAACAAUGAAAGAAGAACAAGGCACUGAUAAAACUGUAAAAGAGGCUAUUGAAAAAUUGGAAGAAGUUGCAGCUCUUGCGGAGAGCAUAAACUUGUCUCUUUUGGGAGAAAAGGCCGAAAGUCAUGCCGAGAUGUUGGAAAGUGAAAUGAUAGCUAUGGACAAAGCCAUAGAAGAAGCUGCCAACAGAAUUCAGGAUAUGCUUGCUAAAUCGAAAGCUGCCGAUUCGGGUAUAAAACUGGAAGUAAACGAAAAAAUUCUAGACACUUGCACAACCCUAAUGCAUGCCAUAAGGGUUUUAGUCCAAAAAUCGAAGUUAUUGCAAAGUGAAAUUGUAGCCCAAGGCCGAGGCACUGCAAGUGCAAAAGAGUUUUACAAACGUAACCAUCAAUGGACUGAUGGAUUUAUAUCAGCUGCUAAGGCAGUUGCUGUAGCUGCCAAGUUUUUACUGACCGCUGCCGACAAAGUUGUAAGUUCGAGUGGAAAGUUGGAACAGUUGGUGGUGGCUUCGCAGGAAAUUUCGGCUUCGACCGCGCAAUUGGUCGUGGCCAGUAGAGUGAAGGCGGACAGAAACAGCGGAAACUUGAAACAGCUGACGCAGGCGUCCAAAGGUGUUACCUCCGCCACUGGGCUGGUGGUGGCCACUGUCAAAGAUUGCAGUCAACUUAUCGACGAAGCCGAAGAGUUGGAUGUGUCAAAUCUAACCCUUCAUCAGGCUAAAAGACUUGAAAUGGACUCGAGAGUUAGAGUAUUAGAAUUGGAAAAAGAGCUUGAACAAGAAAGAUACAGACUGGCAGCAUUAAGAAGACAUCAUUAUCAACUAGCUGGAGAAGGGGACGGUAUUUGAUUUGAUUUUACACAUUUUUAUUAAUUUAUACUUAUUCACAUCUAAACAUACCUAUAAACUGUAUAUUUAUUAACAUUAGAUUUAAGCAAUCCAAAGAUAGACUAUUAUUAAGUUUAUAAAUGAUAUUGUUAGCGUUUUACAAUGUAGUUUAUACAUUCAUAUUACCAUAUACAUGUAUUUUUAUGUCCAUAUAAUUCCAUUUGUAUUUACACUUAUAAUUAAAUUAUUAUUAAUUUAA